AUGCAACCCCCAUCAUAUGAGGAGGCCAGUCUCCAACCUCACAAUCACGUUCUCCCUCCCCCAUCCUACGACACCUCCCUCAACUCCCCCACAUCACCUCCUCCCUCCUACCUAGAAUCAGUUACAAUUCAGCCAGAUCCUUUUCCUGUCCUGACUCCACCCAGGGUGCCAACUGCUGUGACGUCACCUUCACAAAACACUGGAAUCAUAAUCCAUCCAAUUACACAAAUUGGUGUCAGCUGCAUACAAACUCCGACAGUUGUGACCCAGCCUCAGCCGCAGCCUGUUCCUAUCUCAGUGACACAUCUGAGGGACAUUCCCGGUUUGGUGCGCUGCCCACACUGCCAACAUGUUGUCAGGACUAAAGUCACAUACAUGCCUGGGGGGGCGGCUUGGUGCCUGUGUAUACUUCUCAUCUUGGUGGGGUUGUUCUGCGGUUUCUGUCUGAUCCCGCUCAUGAUACGUGGCCUACAAGAUGCACAUCAUUCCUGCCCACAGUGCAACAUCCAUCUGCACACACACAGAAGUUGA